AUGAAUGAAAAAGAUAUCGGACCAGAGUUCGUCAAUGAUGCCGAGUCGGGCAGCCUAAACCAACAAGCCUAUACACGGGGAGGCUCUGCCGAAGACAAGAGUCUCGUCCGGAAACAAGACCUGAGAAUCCUCCCUAUCUCUUGUGGCAUCUAUCUAUUGUGCUAUCUCGAUCGAUCCAACAUCGGCAAUGCCAAGGUCUUGAAUGCUUCCACACACAACGACUUGCUCUCGGAGACCAACAUGACGGCAUAUCAAUACACCAUCGCCCUGAUGGUCUUCCUUAUCGCUUACAUGGUUUUCGAGGUGCCUUCGAACUAUUUCCUAAAGCGUCUGUCACCAAGCAAGUGGAUUGCCUUCCUCAUGUUCUCAUGGUCAGUCAUGACUAUGGGGUUAGGCGGUGUGCAUAAUUUUGCAGGAGUUACGGCAUUGCGUUUCUUGUUGGGAGUCUUCGAAGCUGGCCUUUUCCCCGGCCUGGUCUACUAUCUGACUUUCUGGUACCGCACCGACGAGCGUUCAAUCCGCGUUGCCUUUAUUCUUGCCUCCGCGACUUUGGCAGGAGCCUUUGGCGGUGCCAUUGCUUACGGUGUUGGACACAUGAAUGGUACAGGUGGACUGUCUGCUUUCCGUUGGUUGUUCAUUCUCGAAGGUCUCCCAUCAUUACUAUCUGCACCUUUGGUCUGGUUCUUUCUGCCUGACUACCCCGAAACUGUCAAAUGGCUAUCUCCUGAGGAGAAAGCGCUGGCAGCAGAAAGACUCAAGUACGAGGGCUCUCACGGUGACAGCAAGAGCAUGACAUGGCAAGAUGCCAAAAUUACUCUUACUGACUGGAGACUCUAUGCCCAUUACGCCAUCUACUUUGGAAUUUCGACACCUUUCUCCAGCUUAUCGCUCUUCACACCUACCAUUACGGCUGGUUUGGGCUUCAAGGAUCUUACAGCACAACUUAUGACCGUACCCCCUUAUGCGGUAGCAUAUGUUGUCACACUUCUGGUUUCAUGGUCUGCUGACCACUUCGAUGCACGAGCUCUACAUUCGGCCAUCUUUGCCACGGUAGGCGCAAUCGGCUUUUUAGCCUCUGCUGUACUUCCACCAGACGCAUAUAACGCUCGUUACGGCUGCCUGAUCGUCGCCGCCGCCGGCUCAUUCUCUUGUAUCCCACCACUGUUAGGCUGGCUCUCAUCCAACCUUCACAGUACAGCUGCAGCCGGAUUGGCCAUUGCUUUGAACAUCUCGUUUGGUGCCCCUGGACAAAUCACCGGCGUAUGGAUUUACAAGGCAGAAGAGAAGAAAAAGGGUUACCCAACAGGACAUUGGGUCAAUGCAGGCUUGUUGUUUUUCGUCGCAGCUGGUUGUAUAUCUCUGCUGUUCUUUUACAAGUUCAAGAAUAGGACAUUGAGGAGAGAAGGAGCGGAAAGACUGUUUAGAUACUGA